GCGGCCGAGCCAAUUCGCUGGAGAGGAGUACACGCCUCAUUACGCCCACCCACGUGGUCGCCCCGCCCCAUCGCGAAGCUUUUCCUCGGCGGCGUCGCCAUCUCACCGGCGGCGGGCGCGCGGCCGGCGGCCGGAGGCGAUGGCGAGCUCGUCAGUGGCGGCGGACAUGGAGCUGGACCGCCCCAACCUGGAGGACUACCUCCCGCCCGACUCGCUCCCGCAGGAGGCGCCCCGGAAUCUCCAUCUGCGCGAUCUGCUGGACAUCUCGCCGGUGCUCACCGAGGCGGCGGGCGCCAUCGUCGAUGACUCGUUCACACGUUGCUUUAAGUCGAAUUCUCCAGAACCAUGGAAUUGGAACAUAUAUUUGUUCCCCUUAUGGUGCUUGGGUGUAGUGAUAAGAUAUGGAAUACUCUUUCCACUGAGGUCCUUAACACUUGCAAUAGGAUGGUUAGCAUUUUUUGCUGCCUUUUUUCCCGUCCAUUUCCUAUUGAAAGGGCAAGACAAGUUGAGAAGUAAAAUUGAGAGGAAGCUGGUUGAAAUGAUGUGCAGUGUUUUUGUUGCUUCAUGGACUGGAGUGAUCAAGUAUCACGGACCACGCCCAAGCACGCGACCUCAUCAGGUAUUUGUUGCAAACCAUACAUCAAUGAUUGAUUUCAUUAUUUUGGAGCAAAUGACAGCAUUUGCUGUCAUCAUGCAGAAGCAUCCUGGAUGGGUUGGAUUUAUUCAGAAGACUAUCUUGGAAAGUGUGGGUUGCAUCUGGUUUAAUCGUAAUGAUCUCAGGGAUCGUGAAGUUACGGCACGGAAGUUACGGGAUCAUGUUCAACAACCAGAAAACAACCCUCUCUUGAUUUUUCCGGAAGGAACUUGUGUUAACAACCAGUACACAGUCAUGUUCAAGAAGGGUGCCUUUGAGCUUGGCUGCGCUGUCUGUCCAAUAGCUAUCAAGUACAAUAAAAUAUUUGUUGAUGCCUUUUGGAACAGUAAGAAGCAAUCUUUUACAAUGCAUUUGGUCCGGUUGAUGACGUCAUGGGCUGUUGUGUGUGAUGUUUGGUACUUACCUCCUCAAUAUCUGAGGGAGGGAGAGACGUCAAUUGCAUUUGCUGAGAGAGUAAGAGACAUGAUAGCUGCUAGAGCUGGUCUUAAGAAGGUUCCGUGGGAUGGCUAUCUGAAACACAACCGUCCUAGUCCCAAACACACUGAAGAGAAACAACGCAUAUUUGCCGACUCUGUCUUGAUGAGACUAGAGGAGAAAUGAAGAGACGUCAAGGAGUACAAGUGCACUUGAUUAGGGCUUUACCAUUCAGCUACCUUGUAAUUUGGUUGGGUUCCAGAAACAAAAAGUGUGAGCCUGGGACACGUUAAGUGACCAGCUCAGUUUUGUUGUAAAUUUGUUAGUAGUUCGAUAGAAUUAAUAGUUUGUACUUCUCAGGAAAGGAAUACUCGCAUGUGUUUUGGCUGCCUACUCGGUGAAUGGUUAGGGGCUAACACCUAUGCACAGUGCUCUCUUGAGAUGCCGUGUUGGUAUUAUGAAAUGACCGUACCGUGGUUUAAAUUCAAGUGAUUAUUGACUCAA